AUGUCGAACGUAACAAACCUCAUCGGAUUCCUCAAUAUUUGUUCCGUUCAAAAUGAGUUGGCAUCGGCAUUGGUGAAUAUUUUGAGAUUGGCCCGAGAAGAACGAUACUAUCAUACAAUUAUCUAUGCAAGUCAUUCGGAAGUGUCAUCGGUUGGAAAUACAGUGGACUUGUAUGAUGUAGAUAAAAUAGCCAAAGAAUUGGAAAUUCCAAUGUUACAGCUGAAAGGAAACGCUUCGUUAUAUCUGUGGCCCUAUUAUAAUCGGCAAUAUUUUGCCCUGAUUCCAAUGAGUGGCAUUGAGGGAGAUGACAAAAAAUUGCUGGAGGCAUUGUGGAAAGUUCUUCGAAAAUCUGUAAAAACACGAUUAUUGCUGAUAUUUCGAAAGAAUGCCAAGGAUUCAUUCAUAGAGGAUAUUUUAAAAUUUUGUCGCGAAAAUAAAGCUGUAAAUAUUUUGGGUGUCAAAGAAUCGUUGCCAUUAGAAAAUAUAUUCUACACCAUGGAUGUUUAUCCAGAAUUUAAAAUGAUUCAGAUAAUGGCAACAUCGCUGACGGAAUUUGUGUUUUACAAAGAUCAAGUUCAUAAUUUAUAUGGAUAUCCCCUGCGGCUGAGUAUUAACAAAGAGAGUAGGAAGUUUUAUAUUAUGAAUCAUGUGAACAAUACCUAUUCUCUGGGUGGUUAUGUGGGUCACUUUCUGGAAGAGUUUAUACGACGACAUAACGCUACAAUGACGUUUCCGAAUAUAGAUGAUAGUACAGCAUUCAUUACCGAUUUCGAGGAGAUGUUAAGCAAUGGCACCUUCGAUAUAUCUUCCGAGCCGUCACACAAUCUAUACAACAGUGAUCGAGUCUAUAGCAACGUUUUCGAUUACAUGGACUGGUGUAUUAUGGUGCCCAUGGAGAAACCAAUACCCGCCUAUUUGUAUUAUGCCAAAGUUUUCGAUAUAACCGUAACCAUUUUACUUGCGGUCACAGUGGUGUUGCUUUCCUUGGUGAUUUCAUGGACCAUCUGGCAAGAAAGUCCUUCGGGUAGCAGAUUUUCUUGGAAUCCCUUUAAUAUUUAUAUAUUUUCUGGCCUUUUGGGUCAAUCGUUUAAAAUGGAACAGAAUUUUCAUGGCAUUCGUAGUGCAGUCUACAUGUUGACAUGCAUUGCCGGGAUCAUCAUCAAUACCUCAUAUUCCACGUAUUUGCAAACGUUCAACUCCCUCUCGCCGAAGGACAAACUGAUCACAACACUUGAGGAUUUAUAUAAAACGGAUAUGCGUCUACUGAUGUACACCAAUGAAUAUCAAAUGUUAAAAGAGUUCGGUCAAGAUCAUAUUUACAAUCCAGUCGUGAGUAUAACAACCUAUCAGGAAUUCAUACGCUUGCGUGAUAGCUAUGACACCAAAUAUGUAUAUCCAGUGCCUUCGAUCCAAUGGUUGUUAUUCGAGGAACAACAGAAGUUCUUUGCCAAACCUCGAUAUCGUCUAUCGGAUAUUUGCUUCAUCAAAAUGAUUGGUUUAAUGAUUCCAAUGCAACCGAAUUCCCCCUUCGAGGAUGAUAUUAAUCGUAUGAUUGGUCAAGUGGAAGAUACCGGUCUCUUAAAUCAUUGGAAAUUUUUGGCUUUUCUCGAAUCAUUACAACUCAAUCGGAUAAGUUUGUUGGACAAUAGUCGCAUCGUUGUGUUCGAGCCGAUGGCACUUGAAGAUACUCUUGUGAUUUUUUAUAUUUAUGUUGUACUGAUAGCUUUGUCAUUUUGGUGUUUUGUAUUUGAAAAUAUUUGGUUUCGACGUGUAGCGUUAAAAUCUAAAUUAUUGUAUCAAAUAAAGAGAAUAAGAUACAUGAGUUAA